GGAGAGAACAAGAACUAACUUUCCAUUUUGAUGAAAGUGACGUUUCUAACGAAAACGAAAGUUGUUGCCGAAAAACUAGAACGAAAAUCAAAUUAAACGUCAUGCUCAUGCAAUAAUUUUUUCACAUUGACACCUGGAACGUUGAAUCAUUAUCUCUGUUUGCUUCAAAAUUUUUUGUUAUGAAUUGAUUUCAGUAUGAACAACGAAACACGUUCUCAAAAUUCACUGCCUUCUCCUGACAAUGAACCCCCAGUUAUUCCAUUAAGUCAAAGAGAAUCUUCGAGAUAUUGUUGGGUUUGUUUUGCCACUGAAGAGGAAGAUAGAGAAGCUGCUUGGGUGCAACCAUGCAACUGCAAAGGAACCACUAAAUGGGUGCAUCAAGCAUGUCUUCAAAGAUGGGUAGAUGAGAAACAAAAAGGAGGCAAUGUUGGGAAGGUUACUUGCCCUCAAUGUCAAACUGAAUACAUUAUAGUUUUUCCAAACAUGGGUACUUUGGUUUUAAUUUUAGAUACAGUAGAUAGUUUUAUAUAUAAGGGUUGUCCAUUUUUGGCUGCUGGCAUAGUUGUUGGAGCGGUUUAUUGGUGUGCCGUUACUUAUGGUGCUAUAACAGUAAUGCAAGUAAUAGGUCAGAAAGAAGGAUUGAUUAUAAUGGAGCAAGCUGACCCCCUUAUUCUUCUGAUUGGACUACCGGCAAUACCUGUAGCACUUGUUCUCGGUAAAAUGAUCAACUGGGAAGAUGCUGUACUCAACUUUAUUAGAAACAGUCUGCCGCAUUUCCCUUUGGUUAAGCAUGUCUUACCCUUCAGAAUUGAUGUGGGUCCAGCUGAAGCUUCAAGAGAAAACGAUCUACCCCCAAUAUCAAAUCCAGUAUCUGCUACCAGAAUUCUUUGUGGAGCUUUGCUACUUCCAACUAUUGCUAACAUCUUUGGGAAACUAUUUUAUGAUAAUUACAAGUCUAAUUUCCAUAAAACUGUUUUGGGUGGAAUAACUUUCAUAUUGCUAAAGGGAUGUUUCAAGAUCUAUCAUAAACAGCAACAGUACAUAAGACAGUGCCAAAGAAAAAUUCUGGACUACACUGAAUCAAAUAUCGCGACUUAUAUACGCAACAGGUCUUCAGAAUAAUCCAGUUUAUUGUUUUCUAUUAACCGUUAAUUUGCAUUUUCAGUUUAUAAUCUCAAUCCAAGUAUGAACUAUUUAACUGUUGAGUAAUUUUAAGGACAUCAACUUUUUCAAUAAAUAUAUUUACUCCAACGUCAUCUAAACAGAUAUUUGCAUGACUGUAUUCAUGAUUCGACUCCAAUGAACUUGGUCUAAUGAUGAUAAGAGGAAAUAUAUACUAAUUUUGGAUACACAGUUCAGGAAUAUUUGUUGCAACGAUGAAAAACUAAGAGGAAUGGUAGUACAAAUAUUUGAUUAUUAUAACUUUUUUGACAAAAGCUAUAUCAGGUAAAUCAAUUAAACUCCUUACGAUACCAAUUGAUGGGUGUUAUCGUUUCAAAUGAAAUAAAAAUGUUCUUUGAAGAUUCCAUGUUGAGUAUUUAGUGAUAUUUAUUAUGUGGGAGAAGAAAUCAGUUAUUUAUAUUCUUGUUCUUUGAAAUGAAAAGGGUUUAACUAAAUAAAAAUUUAUAAUUUGGAAAUAUUUUAUUUUUCUAUCUUAUGGGACUAAUUUUUGAAGUAUUUGAUGAAGAGGGAGAAGAGUUUUUUUGUUUUUUAAAUAGGGUUCAAUCAAAAUGAAAAAAAGUACACUGACUGGCUGAAUAUGUUCAACAUUUCUUUUUUUUUUUCAAGAAGAAAUAUUUCAGCUAUUAUUUUCAAAUGGUCUUUUCAUCUGAUAAUUAAUUCAUAGAUUUUUGAUGAAUAAAAUAAUAAUUUGCAACCUAAGGAAUUCAAUGAAAUUGUGAAUACAACAAAUCUAAAAUUAUCUUAUUGAAACUAUUAUCUAUGUAUACUUGAGUCUGUUCUUAGCAAUUACCAGAAACAGUGACUAUUGACAACUAAAACCUUAUAAAAAAUUUAGGAAAUUUAACUUGUGUAUGGGUAUAUCUUAUUUUUCUUGAGAAGUAAAGAUUAUAUCCACAUAGCCUUGAAUGAAAAAACCAUUGUUACUACUUUUAUUAAUAAAUUUCGAAACAUUAUGUUGUCCUUCAAACAUCAAAUAUUUCAAUUAUAAAGACUGAUUUUGAUCUUAAUUGUUUUAUUUGUUUUUCUUUUAUAAUGAAAAAAAUUUAUGUAAAUUUUUGAAAUUUUGUGUAUAAACUGUAAAUAAACUGAAAGUAAAAAAAAGCAAUAAAUACGUACUUAUCGUUCCUUGAAUAAAAAAGCUUCUAAUCAUUUCAAAAAUGACCUGUGAUGAUGGAUUAAUUGUAUUGAAUGCACCAAUUUAUGAUAAUGUUGUAUAUGUUGCUUUUAUUUUUAUAAAAAAAAACAAAAAUUCUUUUUCUGAUGUUUCAUUUAUAUUCAAUAAAUGUUCAGAUUUAAAAUACAAUUUAGAUUUCAUGAUAAUGUUCAAUUCACAAUGUUAAUUAAAGAUAUUAAAAAUGUUAGUUCUAA